GAGCCGGCCGGCUGAUCAAAUCUUCGAGCAGUGUUGUGCGAGAGUGGCGUAUAGUGUUUAAGUAUAAUUUAUUCCAUUUUCAAAAACACAGAAUGAGGGAAAUCGUGCAUCUCCAGGCCGGCCAGUGUGGGAACCAGAUUGGAGCUAAGUUCUGGGAGAUUAUCUCCGAUGAGCACGGAAUCGACCCUACCGGCGCUUACCACGGCGACUCCGACCUGCAGUUGGAGCGCAUCAACGUCUACUACAAUGAAGCAUCCGGUGGCAAAUAUGUCCCUAGAGCCAUCCUUGUGGACUUGGAACCCGGCACCAUGGACUCAGUUCGUUCUGGACCUUUUGGACAAAUCUUCCGCCCCGACAACUUCGUAUUCGGACAGUCUGGUGCCGGAAACAACUGGGCUAAGGGACACUACACCGAGGGUGCUGAACUUGUCGACUCAGUUCUUGACGUAGUUCGUAAGGAAUCCGAAUCAUGCGACUGCCUACAGGGCUUCCAGCUCACACACUCCCUCGGUGGUGGUACCGGUUCCGGUAUGGGUACACUCCUUAUCUCAAAAAUUCGUGAAGAGUACCCCGACAGAAUCAUGAACACAUACUCAGUCGUCCCCUCGCCCAAAGUAUCAGACACAGUAGUUGAGCCCUACAACGCGACUCUCUCAGUUCAUCAGCUCGUAGAAAACACAGACGAAACUUACUGUAUCGACAACGAGGCUCUAUAUGACAUCUGUUUCCGCACGCUCAAACUUUCCACACCCACCUACGGUGAUCUCAACCACUUAGUCUCCCUCACUAUGUCCGGUGUCACUACUUGCCUUCGGUUCCCUGGUCAGUUAAACGCCGAUCUUAGAAAAUUGGCCGUCAACAUGGUGCCAUUCCCACGUCUUCAUUUCUUCAUGCCUGGCUUCGCUCCUCUCACAUCCCGUGGCAGCAGACAAUACCGCGCUCUCACCGUUCCCGAACUCACCCAGCAGAUGUUCGAUGCCAAGAACAUGAUGGCAGCAUGUGACCCACGCCACGGCCGCUAUCUGACCGUCGCUGCCAUCUUCCGCGGUCGCAUGUCCAUGAAGGAGGUCGACGAGCAGAUGCUUAACAUCCAAAACAAGAACUCCUCUUACUUUGUGGAAUGGAUCCCGAACAACGUGAAGACCGCCGUGUGCGAUAUCCCGCCGCGUGGCCUCAAGAUGGCCGCCACCUUCAUCGGCAACUCGACUGCUAUCCAGGAGCUGUUCAAGCGCAUCUCGGAACAGUUCACCGCUAUGUUCAGGCGCAAGGCUUUCUUGCAUUGGUACACAGGCGAGGGCAUGGACGAGAUGGAGUUCACCGAGGCUGAGAGCAACAUGAACGACUUGGUGUCCGAGUACCAGCAGUACCAGGAGGCCACCGCCGACGAGGAUGCGGAGUUCGAUGAGGAGCAAGAACAUGACGUCGAAUAAGCGUUAAUAAACAACACGCGUUUCGUCGCAACAAUGUACAUGCCAUUCAAAUAUAUUUUGCGUUACUUUAUACCUAAGUAACAUUAAUGAUUCCUAUACUGUGAAAUGUAAAGACCUGCUUUCUAACUUUUAACAGAAUGCACGAC